AUGAGGAAAGAGCUGAAACACGAAAUAAGUCGUGCUCGUGAAAACUAUUUAAAAAACUCGCUGUCCAAUCUAUCUUACGGAACUCAAAUUUGGAGUAAGCUAAAACACCUAGGCCUUGUAAAACGUACUACAUCUUCUCCUCUAAAUCAUUUUGAACCGUCUGACUUAAACGAACAUUUUGCAGCCAUGGUACGUCGACAUCCAGCAUGCGACCAACAAUUUGUAAAUUCACUUUUCCAAUUACAUAAAAGUAAAGUAAAUUCUUCAUUUACUUGGACUGAAAUAGAUAUAGUUGAUGUGACUAAAGCUCUACACUUGACUCUUCAAAAAUCUAAAGGGAAUAGUCCAGAUGGACUUGAUCUGAGAUGGUUAAAAAAUCACGUACCUCAAAUUACAAUCUUUCUUACAGCACUUUUUAAUCGGUCAUUAGACACUGGAGUUUUCCCUCAUACAUGGAAAGCAAUAUUUAUAAUACCCAUCAAUAAAUACGAUUUAAAAUUAUAUUGUAUGUUUAGUUUUGUUAAAGAUGUCGUUAAUACUUGA